CGGGACCUCUCGCACCCUAAGCGAGAAUCAUACCACUAGACCAAAUGCCCAUUACUGCUUCGUCAGUGGUUAAUAUUUAUAAUAUAUUUAUCCUUAUAAAACCCUAUCAAAUGGGGUAAAAGGGUUUUACUACUGGAAUUGCAAGCACAAUUUGUGGCCCGAGAACAAAAAUGGCGAGAGCUGCUUUGCUUCAUUUGCUUAAAUCUAAAUCUAAAGCUUUCAAUUCAGGCAAUCACCUUUCUAGGGUUGUUCCAUGGGCCGAUACGCUUUGUUCCAAAACCAAUGCCAACUCUCCAGUGCAGUUUCCUUCUGUACAGAGACGAUUUAUAUCUCGAUCAGCUCCAGUAGCAGACAAGAACAAGAUUAGCAUUGGGAAUGAAAACAGGGGAGAAGAGGGAAUUGAUGAGAAAGACUAUGGGUUUGUUUAUAAUGGUCCUCUAUCAAAUACAAUCAAGAAAGUGAAGCUUCUCUCACUCUCCACCUGCUGCCUCUCGGUAUCACUAGGCCCUAUUGUCACGUUCAUGACAUCUCAAGACACGAACGUGAUUCUAAAGGGUGCAGUUGCAUCUUCGGUCAUAUUCUUAAGUGCUUCGACUACUGGGGCUCUUCACUGGUUUGUGAGCCCUUAUGUCCACAAACUCAGAUGGCAGCCUGGCUCUGACAGCUUUGAGGUUGAUAUGAUGUCGUGGUUGGGAACAUAUAUAACGAAGACCAUCAUGUUUGCGGAUAUCCGACCUCCAGACACCAAUAGGCCCUACGUAUCAUUUAAGGCUAAUGGCAAUUUCUACUAUGUCGAUGAAGAGCGUUGUGAUAACAAGGCAUUGCUAGCAAAGCUGAACCCUCAUGACCGGUCCCGUGAUACUGCUUUCAAGAACUUGUGAGGCGGACCGUGUUUACAGCUGUAGCUCUCUUGCUUCCGCCGCAUGAAGUCAUGGAACACUCUCCUCUGAAUUUUUAGCCUCCAGGCAUGAAAUAAGGUUAUCCCAGUAUGUCAUAAGGCUUGCAUCCCUUAUCAAGCGCAGACAGUUUAUGGCAAAAACAUCUUUUUUUUACCUGCAAUUUUGACCCAAUUUCCUCUGAUAUUACAUGAAGAUGUUCCUGUGUAUAAGAAUCUCUUUUGAGCUUGUUGGUAUGCUUAUUAUGUGGUAGACCUAGCUUGGCUCUGCACUUGUCACUUAUUAACAUCCUUAGUUAUAAAGCACUUCUUGCUUUUGGCCCCUAUA